GCCUCUCCAUUCGGAACCCCCCUUUCCCCAUCAUUCGUGAACCCCUCCUCCCUUUGGAGCAAAACCCUAGCCGCUUCUUCCUCAGGUUCCUUGCCGCCGCCUCCCCAGGUUAUCCGUUCUCGUCGCCUCCCCAGGUUAUCCGUUCUCGUCGCCUCCGCUUCUUCCUCUUCCCCAGAUUCGGAACCCAGGUAGCUCGGCCCGUCGUCCACUGGCUUCUCUCUUCCUGGCUUGGAGGUUGGAGCAGCUCGCCGUUUGCUGUCGUCUCACCUGUCGCCGUCGUCUCGUCUCUCGUCGGUUGCCGUCCGUGUCUCCGUCGAAGAUUCAUCCCUCGUCAUUAUCAUCGGCAUGAACUCCGAACCAAAACCCCAACUCUCUGGAUAAAAUUGUAACGAAAGCUGAUUGGGACUUUUUCUUCUACUUAAGGUAUGAAUCAGAAUGAUGAGGCCAAGUUGUGAAUACACAAGUGUCAAUGGACUAUAAUAUAUAUUGAGUUUGUGACAUUAGAAGGGUGUAAUAAUAACAAUAAUGGGGUCAUGUUAUUUGAAUAUUGAGGUUUAACAUUUAAACUCUCAGCUUCUCAGCCUUGUUUGAUUCUUCAUCUCAGGCAAUUGAAUCGAAUCAAUCAGGCCUUCCUUUUCUUUUUCUUUUAGUUGAUUCGUAAUUUUUCUAAUAUAUGUAGCUUUCUGAAUCAAGUGGAUCAGAUUAUGUAGUUUUCUUGAUUUGGGAUAUUUUCGGAAACGCAUUAGAAGAGCUAUUUUAUUAUUAUGUUUGCUAUAAUAAUAUUCACAUGUUCUGUAUGCUUGUGAUUGUUUCGGUGUUUACAUUUUCUUUCCAAGUCACUUGCUGUGGUUGUUCUUGAAGGCUUUGUAUGUGUGUGUGAGAAUAUGUGAUAACAUUGAAUGCUGCUGCAUCUAAUAGGAGUUCUUGGAGUACCCUCAUCUUUGGUCCUUUAUAAUUUAUUUAUUAUUUUAUUCUAAAACGGUUUUUUCGGUUAAACCACCGGUUGGACCGGUUGAACCAAUGAACCAGUGAACUAGUGACUAACCCAGGUCAUCAAAGAAACCAAUGAACCAGUGAUCAAACCGCUUUAGUCAAAGAAACCCUAGCCGCCUAGCCCUCCAUCGCCGCCGCCUAACCCAGGUCCUCAGCGCCGCCGCUGUCCCAGGUCCUCAGCACCGCCGCUUCUUCCUCCAUCGUUGCCGCCUAACCCAGGUCCUCCAUCGUCACCGCCUAACCCAGUAACUCGGCAGGUCCUCUUCGGCUCUUCAUCUUCGCUGGCUUCUCGGCACGGACCCAGGUUAGUGGCUUCUCGUCUUCAUCUUCACUGAGGGUUUCAGCUGUUUCAAGUUUGGUUCGGUCUUGGUUUCAACUGUUUCAAGUUUGGUUCCAUUUUUCUUCAAGUCUGCUUCGGUCUUGGUUUCAACUGUUUCAAGUUUGGUUCUGAAGGUCAAGCAGCUUCUGCUCUAAAUUCAGAUUCAAGUCUUCAAGCUAGACUCUUGGAUAAUAGCAGCCCCGAUCAACCUUUAGACUCAUCUGCUCACAGCACUGCUCAACAGUUAUCAGGAGGAAGCGUAUCGAUGGCAAUGGCGCACAGUGGCGGUGCAUCGAGCUCAGGGGUGAAGCAGCAGGUGAAAUUGGAGAAAGAAAGUGAGCUCCGGAUUGAGGUUGGAAACGAUGCUCCUCUUUGCCUUCGUCUUCUCAAUGGAAAUGCCGAGAUUUUCGGCACUGAGCUUGCACCCGAAAUUUGGCUCAACUUCCCUCCCCGACUCAAAUUCGCUGUUUUUACUUGGUAUGGUGCUACCAUUGAAAUGGAAGGUACUACUGAAACUGAUUAUACUGCUGAUGAGACACCAAUGGUUAGCUAUGUUAACGUGCAUGCUAUAUUAGAAGCCAGAAGAACUCGUGCUAAAGCUUCAUCCUCUGGUGAUUCUGAAUCUUCUCAGGGGCCUAGAGUGAUUGUUGUAGGACCUACUGACUCCGGAAAGAGUACCUUGUCGAGGAUGCUUCUUAGCUGGGCGGCUAAGCAGGGUUCAAAGCCUACCUUCGUUGACUUGGAUAUUGGACAGGGAUCUAUAACGAUUCCUGGAUGCAUUGCUGCUACUCCAAUUGAAAUGCCCAUUGACCCUGUUGAAGGAAUUACUCUUGAGAUGCCUCUUGUUUACUUUUUUGGCCAUACAACUCCAAGUAACAAUGUAGAAUUGUAUAAAGUGCUAGUCAAGGAACUUGGGGGAAUGCUAGAGAGACAAUUUGCUGGAAAUGCCGAAUCUCGUGCUUCGGGCAUGGUGAUAAAUACCAUGGGGUGGAUAGAGGGAGUAGGCUAUGAUUUGCUGUUGCAUGCAAUUCGUACACUUAAGGCCAAUGUUGUCUUAGUUUUGGGUCAGGAAAAACUGUACAGCAUGCUCAGAGAUGUCCUGAAGGGAGAGCCCAAAGUUGAUGUUGUGAAACUUCAAAGAUCUGGUGGAGUUGUAUCCAGGAAUGUGAAGGUCCGCCAGAAGGCCAGAAGUUUUAGGAUAAGAGAGUACUUCUAUGGCCUUCUUAAUGAUCUCUCUCCACAUUCUAAUAUUGCUAAUUUUAGUGACUUGUGCGUCUAUCGGAUUGGUGGUGGGCCACAGGCUCCUCGCUCAGCCUUGCCAAUCGGAGCAGAACCUGUUGCUGACCCAACAAGAGUUGUUCCUGUGAAUAUAAACCGUGAUUUGCUCCACAUGGUCCUUGCAGUCUCAUUUGCCAAGGAACCCGAAGAGAUCAUUUCAAGCAACGUUGCUGGCUUUAUCUACGUAACAGAUGUUGACAUUCAGAGAAAGAAGAUAACUUACCUUGCACCAUCCGCUGGAGAUCUUCCAAGCAAGUUUUUGAUACUGGGAUCCUUGACGUGGCUUGAGACAUGACCUAAUUAACAGUUUUGUGAUAGGAAAAUAUGUAGUGCUGUUGAUAUAUUUUUUUUCUUUGAUAUCUUGAUCAGUGAAAUUAGAUGUAAUUUACGACUAUUUUGGGGAGUGCUUAGGAACAAACUUUGUCUUGAGAUUAUUUUGAUUUAUCAAAGCGAUGGUGGAUUGAAGUGGUUAAGAAAAUCGUUGACCAUUGCGUUAA